AAAUGCGUCGAAUGGAAUUUAUGAGAUCAACUAGUGGAGAAGAGGAGGAGGAAAGAACUUUAGGCGCUUAUGUAGCGAAGGUCGAUGUUCAUUUCACAAUUAAAAAGCGGGAUAAAUUACUAGAAUUUGGGCGAAAUAUUAUGUUGGAUAGUAUAUUUGAUAGUUUAAUGAUUACUGAAGAUGCCGAUGAAGAUAGCAAAGAAAUUAAUGACAACUCAGUUGAAAAUAAUUCAAUAGAAAAUAAGUUGGAAGUAAAUCAGCAAAUAAAUGAAUCGAAAUAUGGUAAUGAGAGGUGUAAACACUCCAUCUGA